AUGUUCUGGAGUUUCUUCUGGCUCUUGACGUUGGCUGGUCUGGCAUUAGCAAAGACUCAUGAGUACAACUUCGAUGUUGCCCUUAUUAAGCACAAUCCUGAUGGUGUCUAUGAAAGAGAGGUCAUUGGAAUAAACGGACAGUGGCCUCUACCAAUAAUUCGAGUGGCAAAGAAUGACAGAGUCAAGAUCCACCUUACAAAUUCCAUGACCGACCGCAAUACUUCCUUGCAUUUUCAUGGCUUGUUCAUGACCGACAAUAACGCCAUGGACGGCCCAGAAUGGGUUACACAGUGCCCCAUUCCUCCAGGACACUCAUUUACUUACGACUUCACCGUGGGCGAUCAGGUAGGAACUUACUGGUACCAUUCCCAUUCCGGCUCUCAGUACAGCGAUGGUCUUCGUGGUAUGUUCAUCAUUGAGGAGAAGAAUCUUGAAGACUAUCCUUUCACUUUCGAUGAGGAAGUACCACUCAGUAUCACUGACUAUUAUCACGCCGAAAGCAAAGACAUUAUGUCGAAGUUCUUGUCGAGAUACAACCCAACCGGUGCCGAGCCCAUACCCCAAAACUCUUUGUUCAACGAUACAAGAAAUGUAACCUGGAAUGUUGAGACUGACAAAACCUAUUUCUUACGAAUUGUGAACAUGGGCAUGUUUGUCAGUCAGUAUUUCUACAUCGAGGACCACACGUUUACGAUUGUCGAAGUUGAUGGUGUAUAUGUUGAACCAGUUGAAACCGAGUCGCUUUAUAUCAGUGUUGCUCAGCGUUACGGCGUUCUCGUGAAGACCAAGAAAUACAUCAAAGACAAGGCUUUCCGCAUAGUCAAUGCCUUCGAUGAGCCUAUGCUCGAUUUGGUGCCCGACGAUCUUCAGGUCAUCUCCACUAAUUAUUUGCAAUACGGCCAUGGUGAUGUGAAGAAGCCUAAGCCAUUGGCUAAUGGUAAGGGUAAGUUUGAUGAGCUUGAAGCCUCUUUAAAUCCAUUUGAUGAUUUUGAUUUGAUUCCCUUGCUGAGAAAAAAGAUUUACCCAGAUCACGACGUUCAGAUUGUUCUCAAUUUCACUAUGGAUAAUUUGGGUGAUGGUGUCAAUUACGCAUUGUUUAAUGGAGUCACUUACACAGCUCCAAAGGUCCCAACACUUUUCUCCGUCCUCUCCGCUGGUGAGUUCGCCAACAAUGUUGCCAUCUACGGAUCUAAUACGAACACUCACGUAUUGCAACCAGGCGAGAUUGUUGAGAUAGUGUUGAAUAAUAUGGACGAUGGUAAACAUCCGUUCCACUUACAUGGACAUGUCUUCCAAACAAUUUUCCGUUCCGAGGGAACGGAAGAUGCCGACAACCCUGAAGUGUAUGACCCCUCGAAUGAUGACUACAACAAGCAUCCUGAGUAUCCAAUGCAAAGAGAUACUGUUAUGGUUAACUCAAAUGGGUUUGUCAAGCUCAGAUUUAAGGCUGACAACCCUGGUGUCUGGUUUUUCCAUUGUCACGUUGAUUGGCAUUUGGAACAGGGAUUGGCCGUUGUAUUGGUUGAAGAUCCCGAGCAGAUUCAGCAAAAACAAAGCGAGAUUCCAACCUCGCACCGUGAGGCUUGCGAUAAGCUAGGAAUUCCUGUCAAAGGAAACGCUGCUGGAAAAUUCGGUGAAACAGAGGCCUCAUGGCUUGAUCUCACUGGUGAGAACCUUCAAUUUAAGCCAUUGCCUCCAGGAUUUACACCAAAGGGUUAUGUUGCUAUUGUGGUCUGCGCCUUGGCUGCUGUGUUUGGUAUUUACACCAUUUACAUCUACGGCAUGGAAGAUGUUAAUACUGAGGACGCAGAACAUAUGGUACAGAAGUUGUAUCAACUCCUUGGUGAGCAAGACAGGGCUGAGCCAGAAGAAAGAGUCAGACUCAACGAGCCGUCAGAAUCUGAUCAGUAA